GGUUCCAGGUCGGGCACUAAUAAGCCUUUAAAUAUGUAUUCAAAUUGGCUCGUUCUGCCCCACUUGGCCGUGGGCUGUCUCUGGUUCUGCCUGGCCGGGGGGCAAAUGUUUGAACAGCAGUUGACAAAUUUGAUUUACUCUAACCGCGUGGGAGGUGCCACGGACCGGAGGCCUCAGGGUUUGACCAUUCAGCGCCUUCCCUCACAGAUGAUAGAGCCGGAUAGGCUGCAUCAGCAUCUCCAGGAAAUCACGGGCAGCGAAGCGUUGGCGCCAUUGUUGCUGGAAUUACUGGGCCAAAGUGGGCCAAAUUGGCAGGGCCAACAGGCAGGCAACACAGCCACCAAUCAACCGCAGCAAAAGCAACAGCAACCACAGCAACAGCAGCAGCAAGCACAGCCACAGCCACAGCAACAACAGCCACAGCAACAGCAGCAACACUUUUUUGUUUAUGAAAACUCUCAGACCGCGGGGCAAACGAGUCAACAACCUCAAAUAUUGCCAGGGUUCAAUGGCGUCAAUGUGCAUCCUGCAUCGCAACAACAGGGCCAGCAGCUAUUCAGAGCGCCAAAGCCAAUUCAGGCUCAACAGCAGCAGCAGCAGCAACAACAACAAUAUCAAUAUCCAGAAACCGAGCCAAAAAUCGUUAAGGCGCCGCCUGUGGCAGCCGUUCAGGCGCCAACAUCCGCCUACAUUGCCACAUCCUUCGACAGACUCCCACCCGGACUGCCAUCACUCGAUCCCGUUGCCAGCAUGCCGCACUCGAGGCCUGCUGGCACUCAGCCGGUCUCAUCCCCAUCCACGGCAACUGCAGCGCCAGCAAGUUGCAGCUAUCCAUCGGCUGUAGGCCCCGUCCUCAGCCCCACCCCCAACCCCACUACCACUACCAGUGGCAUGAACAUGCCCUGUCCCAGCUAUGAGACGACCCCGCUGUUGAGUGCCUCUGUGCUUAAGGCGACAGCUGGUUAAGUUUUUAAUUAAAUCGCUGGCAUAAUUAAUAAAGAUGCGCAU